UGCGCAUGCGCGGCACCGCCCGCGGCGGGAGGAGGGACGUGCCUGCUAGCGAGCGGCGCGAGACGGACUGGGAAAUGCUGGGGUUACUGGAGAAGCUCCCGCUGGGCCGGGCCCUCGAGUUCCUUCAUAAAAUAGUUGAUGGCAUCUGUGGCCGUGCGUAUCCUCGAUACCAGGAUUAUGGCAGUAUUUGGAGCUUGUCAGAGUGGCUGGAGGUUUUAGAAGAAACAGGGAUGUAUUUCAAAACUGCGGUUGGCCAGAACAUAUCUGAUGAAGAGGCUGCUCGGCAGAUAAGUGAGUUAAAUCCAAACUAUCAAGAAGCAAUCACAAAAUGUCUAAAAGGCAGAAAGGAGGAAAUCAGGAAUGCGCUAGUGGAAAGCGUGAAUGCAAUCUCUUCUGCCCAGCUGCAGGAUUUUGACUGGCAGUUAAAGCUUGCUCUCUCCAGUGAUAAAAUCUCCAUGCUGCAAAUGCCACUCCUCAAUCUUGAUUUGGAUGUGAGAGAAAAUGGUGAAAUUAAACCAAUUUCUAUAGAGAUGAACAAGGAAGAGUUGCAGAACCUUAUAAAUGCACUGGAAGCCGCUAAUAAGGUUGUCUUGCAACUGAAAUGAUGGAAUUCAGAUCAUCGACAGUAUCUGCUGGCAAUGGCUCCCCAUUGACUUGUGGGGACAAAAAAAAAGAUUCCCUUCAAAGCCAAAAGUUGUUGAUGCUAUAAAAUACUGAAGUGAGAAGGCCGUUAUGACUUGUGACCAAAUGUACUACUAAUCCUUUGAUAAAAAUAAUAAAAUCUUCUAUCUGUUUGACCAAAAAUAUAAAAUUCCAAUGUACAGUUGCUUUUAGUACUAAAGUUUUAUAGAAUUAUGGAAAAGUAUCACUUAUGACGUGUGCCAUAUUUGUUUUGCUUAAACUUGGGCAGUGACUGCACAUGUGCCUAGUAAAACUAAGGCGUCUUACUUCCAUAAUAUGUUAUCCUUAUCUAAGGUGUCAUGAUAAUGGAGAAUGUGACGGAGU